UGUUUUGUCUUGGCUAGUGCAUUAUAACUGACAAUCGCCAGGCUGCCUUGGCCGGACCAGAAGUAUUAUAAAUUCAUCGAUGGAACCUAUCGAAUCCUGCCAGUCAGCGGCCGCAUUUUUGUGUCUGCUCCUACCUACCAAACUUCUGUUAAUCUCAGUCAUUCAAAGACAUUCUCUCCGGAUAUGGAUACGACAGGUCAGCCCAUGGCUGUGAGAGAAGAGGGACAGCCUCACAUGCUACCAUUUCACGCUGCGACUGCUCGUCCAAAGCCAACGGAACAUGGAGCCCCACCAUCAACAACAGACGGAAUCCCAUAUCCUCACUUCACAUUGAUAUACAUUGAUCGCAACGGCGAGACUCAGGUGCAAUCGUCGCCCUCCGUCAUGGAGUACGAGCCAGCCAUCUUCACACCGGAUGUGAGGGAAAGAUUUGUGAGGGCAGCAGCGAGAUUAACAUGGCAGCCCGGGAUGCCAGGUUUUCAGUCCGCCGAGGGUCACAUGGAAGGCGAUGUCACGGGGAGAACGCAGUCCUUCCCGUCCACAAACAACUCUUUCAUGAGCCUACACCACGGUUCGGGCUUCUAUCAGUAUGGGCUCAUUCCAUUUGAAUGGCAAUCGAUACAGAACAGGCGCCACAGGAGAAGUCUGAGACGCGUUGAUUCGGGGAUUGGGCCGAAUUCUCCUUCGCCUGGGCCAACGAUCACAUGGACGCCACUUCGCAUCGGGAAUAAAGACCUCUUGCGGCGCUAUUACGAAAUGGCAUUCGAGAACUUCCAGCAACUGAAUUGCAGAGCAAUCGCGAAAGCCUUCGUCAAGCUGGUCGAGCCUCGCAAGCAGGUGAAUCAUCCUUACAAUGGGCGAUCAACCGCGGCCGGAAUGUCCCAACGGGUGGAUCCCGAGUUGACCAAGCCUCAGUGGUGGCCUGAAGGAGUAAGGCACAGAGAACCUGAUCACCUUUUGAAGUCUGAGAGAAUUCGACUUCUCGUUCACAUUUUGUGUGAGCUCAGAGACAGUCAUAAAAUUACUUCGGAGAAACUCAAGGACGCCGGUCAAGAUGUAAGACGAGGUAUUGUGCCUGAGGAACGAUUGCAAGUCCUGGACGAAAUCUAUUACGUUCGAGAUAUGGAGGAGUUAUAUCUGGAUGGCAAAAUUGAUGGUGAUACGGUGAUACACGUUUCUCAAGUUCAGAUGCCUGAAGCCAAUUUGACCAUGCAGCCCAACCAGCAAGUGACUGGCGACAAUAUUGGCGACCAGCCCGUUCCUAUGAUCGCCGUGUCCAGCAGCCAUGACACAGUACCAAAUACCGGUCAUCUUCCACCGGGCCAGUCACAAAGUCAGGGGUCCAGUGUCAUACUAACUCCAAAUACAUCGCCAUCUGUGAGCCGACGAAGCUCGCUAGAAAGCAAUAUGACGAGUUAUUCGCAUAACAUGACACCACCUGGACUAGCUGUGAAUGAGCCUAUGAGAGCAGUGCAGCCCUCAGAAACGCCAUCAAUGACGGAUUAUUAUGACCAGCAGAUGGCUCACCAACCGGCAGGGCAAAGUUCUCAAAAUGGACUCUGGAGUCAGCUUCCACACACCCAUCAGCCACUUGGAUUCCAAGGAUUUUAAGUCGAGGCAAAGAAGUUUUCUCUCCCUCCUUUUCUUUUUCUUUUUCUUUUGAUUUUUGGAGUGUACGGAUGGGCUCUGGGUUUCAAGAAAUUCUUUUUCGUAAGCGACUCGAAAGUUUUCUUUGCGUGUUUCUCGAGAUAUAUUAUCCAAUAGAGAUUCCCAAGUGGCUACUGCUUCUGUUUUGUUUCAAUACACACUAUUAUUGGGAAUUCACAUGUGCAAUGAGGUUAUUCAAGCAUCGUUCAAGAGAAG